UAAAAUUUACUUUGCUCUGCAUUUUUUAUGCAGCCCGUCUGAGGCCUGGUAAUAUACAGGAUAUUUCCACCGAAGUAUUCGCAACGCUUCACUUCUGGUUAUUUUUCCCAUGAAGGUCCAUGACUGAGCACAUGUGAUUUGCUUCUGAAUGGAUCCAAUAGUUUGUAAUCGAGGAAAUAUCAUUCCUGUGUUUAUUAGAGAAUAAUCGAUUUGAAAUUUGGAAUAAACAUUUCACUUUUAUAUCGCACAAGAUGCUCUCAGAUAAAUAAACGAGUAGAUUGACUUAUUUUUUGUAGGAAAAUAAAAUUCCAUUGCGAUUUUUGACACCCUGUGAGUUUCACCUGAAAAGUAAGCUAAAGUUAAUGUUGAAAGAAACUUCUACGCCUAAGUAUAUAAAAAUUAUAAACAAUUUAAAUAAUUAAAAUAAAAACGUUUUUAAAAAAAAAGGCAAAACAAAUGGCAUUCUUGUGUCCGACAAGAUAUAUGCGGCGAGAUAAAAAAAAGGCUACAAAUGCAAACAUCGAACGAGAUUUACCAUUACCAGGUGGUGCGGCCGUGGGUUUAGGUUUAGGUCGUAUCACCGGCUCUUCUAGCAUAGAGACUCUGGUAAGAGUAGGAAUUGAAAAAGAGCAUGGUUUAAGCCCCGAUUCGAAAAUGGUAGUCUUGCAUGACUUUACACCUUGCGUCGAUGAUGAAUUAGAAGUGAAGCGUGGACAAAUUAUCAAUAUUUUGUAUAGGGAAAACGAUUGGGUUUAUGUUAUCGGUGAAGAUUCGCGACAAGAAGGAUUUAUACCAUUUUCUUAUUGUGCUCAAUAUAAUACACAACUUGCAGACCUUGCUUUUAAAAAGAAAUUACCUAGAGAACGUGAUAAUGUACAAAGUGGAGAAAUUAAUGAUAGCAAAACUUUAUUAACUGGAGGAGGAGCACCUGUUGCGAGCGACUCCCCGAAAGUGGAUUUGAUUGAGGAAGUUAACAUUGCCCAAGUAGCUUUAAAAAGUGUCGUAGCGGACUUGCCUACAACAUUAAUAUUGGAAUCGGAAUGUACUACUUUUCAGAAAGAGGCAAAUGGCCGUUUUAUAGUAUUAUACACAUUCAUAGCACGCGACGAAAAUGACGUGUCAGUAGAGAGAGGAGAAUUUAUUACUUUAUUAAAUCGUGAUGACCCAGAAUGGUUUUGGAUAGUACGUAAUGACGGUCAAGAAGGCUUCAUACCAGCAGCUUUUGUUUAUCCCGCUGACAGUGUGAUGCAAACCCAGCAGAAACUAUUGGAAGCAGGUAUAAAUAAAAAUAAUGAUUUAACCGCAACAACAGGCAAUCUGAAUUCUUUAAGUCAACCGGUUAACAUAAUGGAUAAUAUUCUGCAACAGCAACAACAUUCAGCUAAUAGCUCAGCUCAUUUACCAGCCGAUGAUUUACGUUAUGGUACCGAAUUAGUGAUGUUAUAUGAUUACAAGGCCCAAGCUCCAGACGAUUUGAGCGUUAAGCGGGGAGAUUGGAUAUAUGCUGAUUUAAACAAUCAAACCGUAGAUGGCUGGCUAUGGGCUUAUGCUCCCAAAACUCGCAAAUAUGGAUUCAUUCCUAAGGCUUACGCUAGACCGCCAGCCAUGACUAGCCUUUAAGUAAAUAAAACAGUUAUUUUAUAUUUUAACAUAUCAAAAAAAAAAAAAAAAAAAUAGA